UUUAAUCACUUGCAACUCUGCGGCUGUUUCUUCUUCUGUGGGACCGGGCCACCAGGAGUUGGUGCCAUUUGGCAACUUUCUUUAAUUAAUUGUGCUAUUAAUAACAUUUAGCUAAAAAUACCAGGGACACCGUUGCUCCAGUUUCAGGUUUGGGUGGUAAAUAUGGAAAAUCCACAAUUAUUACAGUCACGUUUUAUGGACUGAAGGGUAGACUGGACAAACCUUGACUAUUUCAAUCACAGAUUUUCUUAAAUUGGUUCUUCAAUUAACACUGCGCUAAAAUGGCAAUGAUGAAGGUGAAAUUUAACAUGAAGAAAAGGGUCAAGCUGGCCCAGGGCCUCUGGCUUAUGAACUGGUUCUGUGUAAUAACCGGUAUUAUCCUCUUCAGCAUGGGGAUCUUUCUUAAAAUCGAGCUGAGGAAAAGAAGCGAAGUGAUGGAUAAUGAGGAAAGUCAUUUUGUGCCCAAUUCCUUGAUAUUCAUGGGAGCUCUGGCCUGUGCCCUUAACGCGUUUGCAGGUAAAAUAUGCUAUGAUUCUCUGGAUCCAGCAAAAUUUGCUAAGUGGAAACCCAUGCUGAAACCGUAUCUAAUAAUCUGUGUGUUCUACAACGUCUUCGUCUUCUUCAUCGCUGUUGUGUGUUUGGUGACACGGGGGUCACUGGAGAGCACCCUGGCCCACGGGUUGAAAAAUGGGAUGCGGUACUAUAAGGACACAGACACCCCUGGGAGAUGCUUCAUGAAGAAGACAAUUGAUUUGCUGCAGAUAGAGUUUAAAUGCUGUGGAAAUAAUGGCUACAGAGAUUGGUUCGAGAUUCAGUGGGUCAGCAACAGAUACUUGGACUUCAGCUCUAAAGAGGUUAAAGACCGAAUCAAAAGCAAUGUGGAUGGCAAAUAUCUGAUUGACGGCGUUCCCUUCAGUUGUUGUAAUCCAAGUUCCCCCAGACCGUGCAUCCAAAUGCAAGUGACAAACAACUCUGCGCAUUACAGUUAUGAACACCAAACCGAGGAACUGAACUUGUGGAACCGUGGCUGCAAGGAAGCAUUGUUGCAUUACUACACCAACAUGAUGAGCUCAAUGGGAGCCCUGGUGCUUCUCAUCUGGAUCUUCGAGAUGAGUGUCAUGUUCGGGAUGAGGUAUUUGCACACAUGCCUUGAUAGCAUUGCAAACCCUGAAGAUCCUGAAUGUGUGAGCGAGGGCUGGUUGCUGGAGAAGAGCCUGAAGGAAACGGUAAAGUCUUUCUGGGACAUCCUGAAAAGUCUGGGUAAGCUGAACCAGGUGGAGAAUGCUGCUGCUGAGGAGUCCCCAGCAGUUGUCACCGCCAGCUGAAUGCCAGGACUUAUUAGGACGUUUGUAAAAAAUAACGUAUCUUCUCAAAUGUGAUUAUCACUUUGAAAAAGAAAGAAAAGACAUGCUAAACAUCUUACCAUCUACAAAGUAUCCAUACACCAUGCUACUCUGCACGUUACACAGUCUAUCUCCUACAGACUGUAAGCUCGUUUGAGCAGGGUCCUCUUCAACCUAUCGUUCCUGUAAGUUUUCUUGUAAUUGUCCUAUUUAUAGUUACAUCCCCCCUCUUAUAUUGUAAAGCGCUAUGGAAUCUGUUGGCGCUAUAUAAAUGAUAAUAAUAAUAAUAAUAAUAUCAACUGCUAUAUAAACCUGAACACAUAGGAAAAGUAAAUGUAUAUCACACGCCCAAUACAAUCUAACUAAAUAAUGUGAAUAUCCACAGUAAUAUAUGCGCAUUUCACCAAAAUAUCCAUUUUUUUUUUACAUUUAAGAAUGAGUGGUAGCUCUCACUCCUUUAUAUAUAUAUAUGGAACUUGACUAUUUAGAGAAAGUCAAACAUUCUCUUGGAAAUCGUGUUUUCAUAUACUUAAGUGAAUAAGGUCAAUUCUCACCCGAUCCAAACCGUGUAAUAUAUGAUAUGAUAUUCAGAAUUCUUGAAGAGAACAUCAGGA